AUGAUUGUUCCAAAGGAUUUACAACGCGACUAUGGUUCGUCGUCGCUGUUCAUCUUUUCUGAGAAUAACUUUAUACGAAAGAAGGCGAAGGCUAUUAUAGAAUGGAGCCCGUUCGAGUACUUCAUUCUACUUACCAUCAUAGGAAACUGUGUCGUACUGGCGAUGGAACGACAUCUACCAAAAAACGACAAAAAACCGCUUUCCGAAAUGCUGGAGCUUACCGAACCGUACUUCAUGGGUAUUUUCUGCUUAGAAUGUGUUCUGAAGAUCAUUGCUUUUGGUUUUGUCGCACACAAAGGAUCAUAUCUACGAUCUGGAUGGAACGUCAUGGAUUUUAUUGUGGUAGUAUCUGGAGUGAUGACUAUGCUUCCUAUGUCGCCAGUUGCAUCAAACGGUGGCUCAGAGCAAGUAGAAACGGUCGAUUUGAGAACCUUACGAGCUGUGAGAGUAUUGCGGCCGCUGAAGCUAGUAAGCGGAAUCCCCAGCUUGCAAGUCGUUCUCAAAUCAAUUUUAUGCGCUAUGGCACCACUUCUCCAAAUCGGCUUACUGGUGUUAUUCGCUAUUAUAAUCUUCGCUAUUAUCGGCCUCGAGUUCUACUCAGGAGCAUUUCAUUCAGCUUGUUAUAAUGACCGGGGUGAAAUCGAAGACAUCAGCGAGAGACCAUCACCUUGAGAGUUUGCGAAAGAGAGGGAAAGAGUAGAAAAUCGCCGUGAGUUCCUAAAGCUUCGGCGACAACAACAGAUCGAGCGCGAACUCAGCGACUACCUUCACUGGAUCAUAGCCGCGGAAGAAUUGAUACUCAGAGAAGAUCGAACUACAGAGGAAGAGAAACAAGCAAUUCUCGAAAGCCGUCGUAGAGCAGAGACAAGGAAGAAGUUGAAAACUGCGUUAAGAAACUAUUCAGUCGAGACCUAUGAGGAUUUUGAAGAUGAGGAGGAACUUGAAGACGAUGUAGACAGCGAGGAAGGCGAAACAGGAUAUAGCUACGGUAUUUGCAGCAGAAUAUACAUGGGUUGUUGUGAUUGGUGGUUUAACUUUCCAUCAAUGCAUCCCUACACCCAUUUUGAUACAUUCUCAGUGGCCUUGAUUACCGUAUUCCAGAUAUUGACUGGUGAAGAUUGGAACGAGAUUAUGUAUCUAGCUAUAGAAGCUCAAGGAGGCAUUUAUGGGGGAGGAAUGGUCUACUGCAUCUACUUCAUAAUUCUUGUGCUUUUUGGAAAUUACACACUGUUGAAUGUAUUUUUGGCUAUCGCUGUCGAUAACCUGGCGAAUGCGCAAGAACUUACAGCUGCUGAGGAAGCAGAGGAGGAAGCGAGCGAUUUGAACGAAAGUGUGGAAGAGGAACCUAUUGGAGACCGCUGCAGCAUUACUGAUAUAGUCGCUGAUAAUAGCGUUGACGAAAUCGAAGAAGAAGAAUCACCAUUUGGAGGUCCGAGACCUAUGGUUCCCUAUACAUCCAUGUUCAUUAUGUCUUCAUCAAAUCCCCUAAGACUACUGAUUCACAGUGUAGUAUGCAAGAAAUACUUCGAAAUAACAAUUAUGGUGGUCAUCUGUUUAUCGUCUAUAUCCUUAGCAGCCGAAGAUCCUAUAAAUGAGGACAGUGUCAGAAAUAAGGUUCUUCAAUACAUGGACUACAGUUUUACCGCUGUUUUUGCAUUCGAGAUGCUGCUUAAGGUGAUCGAUCAAGGUGUCAUCCUGCAUCCAGGAUCCUACUGCCGUGACUUCUGGAACAUACUCGACGGCGUCGUUGUGAUUUGUGCAUUAUUCGCAUUUGGAUUCGCGUAA